AUGGCUUUCCUCUCGCUCUUCAUCUAUUUCUUUGUCGUCGGAGUGGCAACUCUCUGGAUAGCACAUGCGCCCCGCCCCCUCCAACAAACCUUAACGGCUAGCGAUCUUGAUAACUGGCUUUCCAGCGAGGCGAGUAUUGCUCGAGGUGCUCUUCUUGACCUUAUCGGGAAUGAUGGGAAAUGGGCCGAGGGAGCUGCACCAGGGGUUCUUGUUGCAAGUCCAAGUCUGGACCCGGACUGCAAGUCUACCUAUAACGGAUGCUCAUACUCGGACACGCUCGCUAAUAAUGCCCUAGACUUUUAUACUUGGACGCGUGACUCGAGCUUAGUAUUCAAGACACUGGUGGAGAUGUUCAGGGCAGGCGACACCGAUCUCUUACCCGUUAUCCAGGAGUGGAUAUCUUCCCAGGCUCGAAUACAGGGAAUAGAAAACCCUAGCGGCGGGUUGGCGGACGGACAAGGACUAGGCGAAGCAAAGUUUACGGCCGGGGAGACGGCGUUUGCUGGAUCAUGGGGCCGGCCACAACGAGAUGGACCUGCGUUGCGGGCAACCACGAUGAUUGAGUUCGGGUGGUGGCUAUUGAGCAAAGGAUACCACCAAGUGGCUGCAAAUAUAGUGUGGCCUAUAAUACGCAACGACCUAUCGUACGUGGCCGAGUACUGGAACCAGCCUGCGUUCGACCUGUGGGAAGACCUCUACGGCCGCUCUUUCUUCACUCUGGCAGCAACAUAUCGUGCGCUGACAGAGGCAAGCGUGUUUGCUCGAAGUAUAGGGGUCUCCUGUGCGGAAUGCGAGUCGCAAGCACCACAAGUACUUUGCUUGUUACAGUCAUUCUGGACAGGGAGGUACAUCCGCAGCAAUCUGGACACUGGUCGGAGUGGAAAAGAUGCCAGUACACUCCUAGGCGUGAUACACACGUUCAACCCUCGAUCGGAAUGCGACGAUGCCACCUUUCAGCCGUGCUCGGCCCGGGCAUUGGCUAACCAUUUCAGAUUAGUCGACGCAUUUCGCGACCUGUAUGAUAUCAACGCAGACCGCGGUCAGGACCAAGCUGUUGCCAUUGGCCGCUACCCUGAGGACCAGUUUUUCGGAGGGAAUCCAUGGUUCCUCUGUACGAUGGCUGCAGCAGAACAGCUAUAUAGCGCCAUAUAUCAGUGGCAUCAUCUCGAAUCCAUAACAAUUACCGAAGUCUCUCUCCCGUUCUUUCAAUCAUUGCACCCGACGGCCGUACCGGGGAUUUAUUCAUCGUCAACGGAGUUAUACCAUCAAUUGAUUGACGCUGUCCGGACCUAUGCCGAUGGUUUUAUGCGGAUUGUGCAAACGUACGCUUCCAACAAUGGGUCGCUCGCUGAACAGAUUUCAAAAUACGACGGCUCUCACGUUUCCGCGAACGACCUCGCUUGGUCUUACGCCUCGUUAUUGGCUGCAAACCGUCGUCGCAAUGCAAUUGCGCCACCACCAUGGACAAACCCAGGUGCCCCGAGCGUCCCUUCGACGUGCUCAGCCACCGGUGUGCCAGGGACGUACAGUCUUGCGACCAUCAGCACUUGGCCGCCAAUGGACGGAUUUCCCACCGCAACAGCUGCACCAUGUCAAACUCCGUCGUCAGUCUCCGUGACGCUCGAACUCACUGCUUCAACGGUCUGGGGAGAGGAUAUACGACUGGUGGGUUCGAGCUUGGACCUUGGGAAUUGGGAAUUGACGAGAAGCAUAACUUUCAGCACCGACCGCUACUCAUCUUCGCAGCCAAUAUGGUGGGCUACAAUCUGGCUUCCCGCAGGGCAGACAGCCGAGUACAAAUAUAUUCGGGUCAGAGAAGGAUACGUCGUCUGGGAGGGUGGUGUGAAUCGGCAGUUGAAUGUUCCCGCUGUUUGCGGAGAAAAGUCGCUUUACAGGCGAGAGACCUGGCAAUGA